GUACAACACUCCCCAAUAGGAAGAAAACCCGCUGGGUUGUUCAUGCUGUCAAUUAUCUCGCUUGUGUCGACUUCAGUAAUGUUAUGUCCAGUGUAUUGAAAAAUAUCUGCUGUAAUCUUAUUUUUGGUCUGUAUAACCGUGCACUGUAUUAGUCAAUGUUGCAAUGUUGAUACAGAGCUUGUAUCUCUCGUCUUCUGCAACCUGUAAUACAGUUCUGAGUACAGACACGGCAGCCAUGACACGAAAACAUGGCUACCAACCCCACGGUAGUCAUGGCAGCCAACAUAACAACACUAGAACGGCAACUAUCAUACUUCCAUUAGACUGUCAUGCUGCCUAAUGCGUCAUGAAUGCAUUACUAGGCAAUGAUGUGGUGGAGGCUGACUCCAUACACAGUUUCAAGUGUAGAUAUGAUAGAGCCCAAUAGGCUCAGGAAUCUGUACACCAGUUGAUUGACGGUUGAGAGGCGGGACCAAAGAGCCAGAGCUCAACCCCCGCAAGCACAACCAGGUGAGUACUAUGUCUGGUCCACACUAUGGCUGGUCCACACUAUGGCUGGCUCCACACUAUGCCUGGUUCAGGAUUGCCCACUUUACCGCUCUUAACCAGUAUUCCCAUACGGUCCUCUAAGUCACCUGUACUCCCAACUCUCCAAACAAAGGCUCCCUGUGCCUUUAUACCACUUAGUAUUUUGUACGUUGUGAUCAUAACACCUCUUGUCUCUCUCUUUGACGUGUGGUUAGUUACAUGUGACUUCAGCUGUCGCCAUGGUCCGCGUAUCUUAUCUCUGACAGUGUCUUACACCCCGUCUUAGGACCCUGCCACUUGUCUUGUUAUCACGACAAGUGAUGUAUCUAUCACAGGUGACACAUAGUGCCUUGGUGUUGGUCUGUCAGUGCCAGUGGUGUUGUGUUCCCUAGGUGCCACUUGUAGGGGACACCAAGUCUGCACUUGUCAUUCCCUAGGCCAGCUAAAAAGUGUGAUGUCUGAAAAUUCUAUGGUCAUGGAUUUAGCUAACUCUUGGCUUGGAAGCCUAGUACUCAACCUGCUGUGUUAUUCCACAAUACUUAUACCUGGAUACCUCCUUAUUCAGUACUUCAAGAAAUCUAAAUAUAUUGAAAGAGCAGGUUCUGGAGUUGUUUCUAGGCUCAUUACAUCAUGUGUGUAUGGGCAGAGUUAUGAUAAAUUAAUGACAACAGAUGUACCUUCAUCUAAGAGUGCUGUAGGUGAGAGAAGUGCAGCUACCAAGUGUUUGCAGCUGUGCUUCUGCUUUAUAGGCCUUCAGGCAUCAUAUCUUACUUGGGGUGUUUUGCAGGAGAAAAUCAUGACAAAGGAGUACCAGAACUUCAGAGGCAGUAUUGGUCACUUCAAGGACUCUCAGUUUUUGGUGUUUGUCAAUCGCAUUCUGGCGUUUAUGUUAGCAGCGGCUUAUCUUGGCUUUACCAGACAACCACGGCACACAGCACCUAUCUACAAAUAUUCAUACUGCUCAUUUUCCAAUAUUAUGAGCUCUUGGUGUCAGUAUGAGGCACUCAAGUACGUUACCUUUCCCACACAGGUGUUGGCUAAGGCAUCAAAAAUUAUUCCAACCAUGAUAAUGGGCAAGAUUGUUAGUGGAAAGAAGUACGAGUAUUUCGAGUAUGUGACGGCUGUGCUUAUUUCCGCUGGCAUGACCAUGUUCCUUUUGGGGUCGACAGAAUCAAAAGGAAGCUCCUCCAGCACCACCACUAUAUCUGGGGUCAUCAUCCUUAUUGGUUACAUGUCAUUUGACGCCUUCACUUCCAACUGGCAAGGAGAACUCUUCAGCCAGCACAAGAUGUCCUCCGUACAGAUGAUGUGUGGUGUUAAUCUGUUUUCUUGCCUUUUCACCACUGCUGCUUUGGUGCAGCAGGGUAGCUUCAGUGUCUCUCUCAACUUCAUGCUCACGUAUCCCGCAUUUUUCUGGGACAGUCUUAUUCUCUCGAUUUGUUCUGCCACUGGCCAGCUGUUCAUCUACCACACCAUCUCUGUGUUUGGUCCGGUCGUUUUCAUCAUUAUCAUGACUAUUCGUCAGGGUCUGGCCAUCCUCUUGUCAUGCAUUAUUUAUUCUCAUCCUGUAACUGUGGUGGGCAUUCUAGGAAUCGUCUUGGUCUUCACAGCCAUCUUUUUACGUGUUUACUGCAGUCAUCGCCUCAAGCAGAUCCAACAGAGGAGAGCUGGGGCCGACACAGCAAAGGUCUAAGUCGUGUUGCUGCGGUGUGUUGAUGGCUUAAGCUUCCAGAGUUAUGUGCCUGAUUCGUUGUUGCUCCACGGCUAAACCAUGGUGGUUCAUACAGAUAUUUUCUCUUGAAGGGUGUACAUUCUGAUAUUUUUUAAUUUAUAAAUAUAUUCUCAUAAACUCUUAGAUCUCCUAAGACUCAAGGGGCUUUCAACCAUGCCAUAACUCGUACCUUAAUUUAACUCACUGUGUAGAGGUUUUCUAAAUACAAGGAAGGAGAUAAGGAAAUGCAGUAUGCACUGAAUGUUCUCUGUAAAGAAUUUUUUAAGUUCAUAAAAUAUGGAAAUUUAUGUGAAAUACGUAAAAUAUGUAGAUGUCAUAAAUAAUUAAAAAAAUACAUAUACAUAUAGUAUUUAGUAUUGCAGAGCAGUGUUUGUGUACAACAAAAGUGUGAGAUGAGGACUGAGUGUAAAAGUGAAUAUUUAUUACAUGUAUAGUUACCUCUCUGAUUGUCACCCUAAUCCAGGAUGAUUUGAAAACAAAUGUGUGAAUCCCAGUAUGGAAUGAAAGCAAUUGCAAUACAGUAUACAAGUACCCAGGAUGCACUGAAAACAGACUUAACCUAACUUGGAACAUACUGGUAUGCUUAUGUACAGUA